ACACACAAGUCAUAAGAAUUUUUGGAGAAGAUCAGCCAUGAACAACUCGAGCAGUACUACAGAUGGCCUUUGCGGGUACGCAAACUUUACUCCCGUCUCAGAAGACAUGAUACUAGCUAUACUACACACUUCUUCGGCUGGUAUAUCCUUUAUAUCCAGUGUCCUGGUCAUAAUACUUAUAAUUCUCUUCAAGAAAUAUUCCUUCUUCGUCCAGAGGCUCAUACUCUACCUGAGCUUCUCCGUACUUCUCUACUCGAUCGCUUCAGCACUAGCAGUCACUAAUUACACAGGAGAUGAAAAGGUUUUCCCUGAUAAUUUCUGCGAGGCCAUUGGCUUUGUCACUCAGUACACGCAGUGGACUCUCUUGCUCUCGGUAGCUGUUAUCACCAUUGACAUCUUGCUAAGAGUUAUUCUAAACAGAGCAACAAACUCCAUAGAGAUACUUUACCUCAUAUUCAUAUAUGUAUUCCCUGCCACUUUCAAUUGGGCCCCAUUUCUACAGGGACUCUAUGGUCCAGCUGGAUCUUGGUGCUGGAUAAGGAGUUACACAUUGAACGAAAGUGGAGACUGUGUGAAAAAUGAAACUGGCCUCAUAUACCAGUUUUCAUUAUGGUAUGGGCCUUUAUUUGUCGUACUGGUCCUCAUCAGUGUCUCAUACAUCAUCAUAUUGAGUACUCUGAAACGCUACAAGCAGCGAAUGAACAUAUACAAUCACGACGAGAUGGAGCUACUCAAAAAGAUGAAACGAGAGGUUUUCAUACUAAUGUGGUACCCCAUCAUAUUUGCACUCAUAAACCUCAUUCCCCUUGCGAACCGAAUCAUACAUGCCUGCCUGGAACACGAGAAACGAAUCUACGUCCUGUGGGUACUACACGCAUUUGUCUCUCCAUUACAAGGAGCAUUCGUUGUUAUAGUCUACGCUCUUGAUCCAGAAACUAGAAGGAAAUUGACUGUUGUUGGUGUAAGAGGAGCACUAAGUCAACAUUGUUCGUGUUUCAAUGGUCACAGGGGAAUAGUAAGAGAGUACAAGGCAGAGGUUUUGAAGAGCGAAGGUGGGCCUGAAGCAAGGAGACCGCUACUUAAAGAUAAAUAGUAAUAAUAAUAAUAACUUAAAUUUUAAUGCUAUUAUUAUGUGAGUGCCGUAUGUACAAUAAAAUUAUAAUUUUGUAUUAUGAGUUUUUCUUUGGUUGAUCUACUAUGCUAA